UCCAAAUAAUUUCUUGCCCUAAUGUCUCUCAGCACCUCUUCUUCCCUUUUUCUUCUCAGAUCUCUGCCCACUUUUGUUUGUGAGGAAGGUCGGAUUGCGUCGGAUCUAAGACCCCGCACCCCAGUUCAUUGCACCCAAAAAAGGGCGGACAACAUAGGGAGGAUAGCAGGAAGAACACCCAACCUUAAGAAGUUAAGAUGUAUAUUUGCUGAUUCAGGGUGUUGGGGAGAGAAUGAAAACCGCUUCCCUGUAUUGGACUCAUUAUCUCAACUUGAAACACUAAACGCGGUCUUCACUAGUAUUCCAAAGAUAGGUCCUUCAAGAUUAAACUUUCCAAUGAAUCUCAAGAAAUUGACAUUAUGCAAAUUUCGUCUGCCGCUUGAUGAAAUUUCAAUCAUUGACAACCUUUUCAAACUUGAGGUACUUAAACUGCAACAAGUUGCCUUUAAAAUGGAUGAAUGGGAAGUGAGAGAUAAUGAGUUUCCUCAGCUCAAAUUCUUGGAACUAGAAAAUCUCAAACUCUCAAAAUGGAUAGUGUCUGACAAAGCCUUUUCUUUCCUCGAGAGAUUGGUUCUGGAUAGGUGUUUACAUCUCGAAGGAAUCCCUAAUUGUUUCGAGGACUUGGGUUAUUUGCAAUACAAUGAAGAUGUUGCCGACUCAGCCAAGCAUAUCGAAGAAACACGAGUUGGUAAUGGGCACAAAUGUGACAUGAAAGGGCAAUCUUAA